GUGAAUGAAAUCUGUUGUCUUGUCACCCGAAUCGGUCUAUUGCUCAUCUCAAUUUACAAUUAUUACAUCUCAUAAAAUUUUAUCGAGAUUAUUUUCAACCACUCAUUUUUAAAAGGCUAUCUAAUCCUUAGUGUCUACUUCACAGCCUUCUUUUACAGUAAAUAUGUCAGGCAUUGGUGAAGAAAGCCUCGUACUCAGCUUAAUCUCUUCGAUAAUUUCAAUUAUCGAGACUACCAAGCAAGUCUACGAUGCUAUUGAGGAUGAAUCCGGUCUCCCAAAGAACUUCAAGAAGUCGGCGACAAAACUCCCUCUCAUCUCCCAGCUUUUUGAAGAUACAGAAAGAUAUAUUAAUAAAGCCACAGAUGAGUCAAUAAAGGCUACAUUUACAACUACUUUAAAAAAUUGCAAAGUUCAGGCCAUGCAACUUCAGGAGUUGUUUGAAAAAGUUAUGCCAAACGGGAGUGAAUCGAGGUGGGAUCGAUAUGUAAAAGCUGCUCGGAUAAUUGGAAAGAAGGGCUGUGUAGAGAGUUUAGUUGGGGGGAUUUUGGACGACCUGCAACUCUUGGCAACUCGCUUUCCACAAGUAAUAACAUCAAGAGGAAAAGAAAAGUUGGAAAACACAAUUGAAGAGGUUGCUAAGAUGGAACCUUCUUUACCUGAUGGCUUCGAGCAGAUGCCUGCGUAUGCACACUACGGUAGCGGUGCUCAAAACAACAAUACUGGUGAUGGAAUUCAGAACAAUAACAAUGGUGCGGGCAACCAGAACAAUGGUCCAGGCCAACAGUUCAUUGGUACCAAUCACAUCAUAAUAUCACUGUCGAUGAUAUCAAUUGAUCUUGUCUCCACGAUUUGCGUUGUCCUGAUAUACUGGCUGUUAAUAGUCGACUGAAAGAGAAUAAGGACAAGUUGCUCUGUCAAUCCAUUGACUGGAUUCUUCAAGACCCGCAAUACAUUAGCUGCAAAUGCAGAGGAGAUGUCUCUUUACUCUGGAUUAAGGGCGGCGCCGGCAAAGAUGAGUCGACCGUAGUGACUUAUUUCUUCUGUCAAAAUGCCGAUUAUGAGCUCAAUACUCUUCAAGCAAUCAUCAAGGGUUUAAUCCUGCAAUUGGUGGAUCAACAAAAGGAGCUCAUCGAAUAUUUGCGAGAUCACUGGGAUACCAGAAAGGAGCAGUUUAAUAAAGACAUGACCUCGUGGCGAACGCUAUGGGAAAUCUUUUACAAAAUGUUGUACCGAUGCAAGUGCCCGAAAAUAUACUUGAUCAUAAAUGCUUUGAACGAGUGCCAAGAUGAUAGCAUGGCCGAUCUCCUAAAGCUCAUUGUACGAACAGGACUCGAUCGUCCGUCAAAAAUUGAGUGGCUGUUAACAAUUCGGCCAUUACACAGCGCUGAAUGGGAGUUAUUAGUUGGAUUUGAGCAAGUGAUGAUCAACUUAAAACUUAAUUCAACACAUAUUUCUAAGGGCGUAACGAGUUAUGUUGUUAAUAAAGUGGCGGCGCUCGAUCAUCGCAACGCCUAUGGACCAGAUCUCUGUCAAAAGAUAAAGAAUGGGCUUACUGAAAAGGCUGAGGACACGUGUAUGUGGGUAAGUUUGGUAUGCAAGGAACUCGAGAGUGUACCCCGGGACAAGGCAUUGAAUAAAACCCAAGAUUUUCCGCCAGGUUUGCAUCUUUUUUAUCAUCGUGCGCUUGACCAACUAAGAAAAGGUGAGCCAGAUAUUGUAAAAGGAUGCAUGCGAUUGUUGAGGGUGAUGAUGCUGGUUUAUCGGCCCCUGAAUGUGAUGGAAGUAGAUGGCGUAUUAGGUCUGUCUAACUUUGUCACUUCUGGAGCGCUGGUCGAUCGAUGUGCUUCAUUUUUGAAGAUGCGAGGAACUGAUAUCGAAUUCGUUCAUCAAUCAGCUCGAGACUACCUCGCUGGCGAGAAUGGAAAGUCUAUACUCGAUACUACUGAAUUAUAUGGACAUAAUGAGAUCGUAGUCAGUUGUCUGUCUUAUCUAUCUCAAAAACUCAAGGUUAAUCUUGUUGACUUACCGCGACCUGAUUCAAUGUGGCCAUUCAUGGAACGGAAUGAACUCUUGAGAAGCUUGGAUUACUCGGCCACAUUCUGGGCUCAACACCUUGAGGACGCCAGGUGGGAAAUACCAAUGCAGAGGGCACUUUUUAAGCAAAGAGUAAUUCAUACAUUCCUUUACUCCAAAUUUCUAGAGUGGCUAGAGUGCCUAAGUUUGUUAGACAAACUUCCACGUGCUACCGAGGCGCUAGAAAUAUUAAAAAAUAAAGCAGAUUUAGAGGAUAAUGUUUCCUUAUCGAUGCUUGUACAGGAUGCCACAAGUUUCUUGUCUCGAUGUUACCGAAAGAUAAACUUUUGGCCAUUACAAAUCUAUAGCUCUGCGAUGGUUUUCAGCCCUGUGACAAGCAUAAUAAGGAAGAGAAACUUAGAUAAGCUUCCUGUGUGGCUCAGAAAGUUCUCUCAAGUGGAAUACCCGUGGUCUGCUCCAAUAGAAAUGUACACAGACUAUUCUAAUCGUGUCCGGAUCAUAACAUUCUCACCAGAUGGCAAGCAAAUUGCAUCUGGAUCCAAUGAUAAGACAAUAAAGCUAUGGGAUUCUAUCAAUGGUAAUCUCCGAAAGACGCUUAUAGGUCAUACCGGUGAGAUUACAGCUAUAGCAUUCUCACCAGAUGACAAGCAAAUCGCAUCUGGAUCUAAUGAUAGAACAAUAAAGCUAUGGGAUUCUAUCAAUGGUAAUCUCCGAAAGACGCUUAUAGGCCAUACCGGUGAGAUUACAGCUAUAGCAUUCUCACCAGAUGACAAGCAAAUCGCAUCUGGAUCUAAUGAUAGAACAAUCAAGCUAUGGGAUGCUAUGACUGGUAAUCUUCAGAGAACACUUAUAAGCCAUUCCGGUGAGAUUAUAGCUAUAGCAUUCUCACCAGAUGGCAAGAAAAUUUCAUCUGGAUCUAGGGAUCAAAGGAUCAAGCUAUGGGACAUCGCUGAAGUCCUCAAAGUCUCUAGAAUAUUUGAUAGCAUAGUUGGUCGUCAUGUUGAUUUCCGCAAGUGGCAAGAGAUCGAGAUCUCAAGUGUAGCAAAAUAUUUAAGAUUUUCUCUAGAUGGCCGACACUUUAUAACAGAUCUCGACCUUAUUAAAAUCGAAAACACUAUAAAUACGCAAAGUCCAGAUUAUCAGCCAUUACAACCCCUCUUCGCUAACCAGCGUUGGAUUUCGUAUGGAAAGGUAGCUAUAUUUCGUUUACCGCAGAAAUUUUAUGGAUAUUGUUAUGAUACGAUAGGUGAUCAAAUAGCUAUUGGGUGUGAAAAUGGUCACGUUUUAAGCUUCGAUAUUAAUCGUGUAAGCUUGGACUCAAUACUCAAGGGCUCGGUGUAACAAAAACCCAAGUUUUCCUUCCACCGCUAUUAUAUGAGAGACACAGGGUGCAUACAUCACGACAAUACAUGAUACGAUUACUUGAGAUUAGUAUACGAUCUAGGUGGUCCGGGUAUCAGGUCUGGUAAGGCAUUAGGUACGAAGGGUUCAUCAAUCAAUUAAGGUUAUUGAAGGAAUGAAUGUAAUUUUUAUUAUCUACUAGUUGUGGCUAGGUCAUUCAUUUGUGUAUAUAGCCACUCCCACCUAACCUACAGUUGCUCUUCGCCUGUAGAUUGUAAGUAAUUACGAUUGCUCGUA